AUGGCGCCAGGAAACCCGUGGCAGCGCGCCGUCUGCUGUUGUGCGGAGCCGGCCUGGAGGGGACAGCGGGCUACAGUAGCCUAUCGAAGCCGGGACUCGGAGGCAGAGGAAAGGACCGGAACGGCAGCUUGGGCAGCAAUGCUGCUGGCGUCGCGACUCGAGCCCCCCGCGUCGUUGCACCCUGGAGGAAAUACAGCGAACACGGCGAACACAGCGAACACAGCGACGGUCAGGCUCGCGCACGGGGAGCACGCCAAUGGCUCGUCGCCGAGCCGUGGUGGUGAAGGGGGACGACGGGACGCUCUGUGCAACGGCGAGCGUGUGGCAGGCAAGAGACGGGCUCCGGGCGCCGAGGAAGGACUGGGCUGGAGUGGUCCUUCGGCUCAGCUAGAUUGGAAAUUGGAACGGCAACACGGACACGCAGGGUGCAUGGCGCGUGCCGCUGUGGUGUCGUGGUGGCAGCCAACAGGACGGGAGCACCACUGGGUACCACUCCGGCUGCAGCAGUCAGGCGUAUCAGCGGCCACGACGCGGCGGCAUCGAGCAAGAAAACUCGGACCGGCAUGACGAGGUAGCAACGCGCACGCAGCGUCGUGCCCAAUGAGACCUUUAAACCGCGCAAACCACAGGGUGGCGAGGAAAAAAAAUAGACUGAGGUGGGUGAAGAAUGCGCCUCAGGUUGUGUGCGUGGAAAUUUGUGGGGAUCUAGCAGACUGCCGAAUCGAAACAGGCUUCUGGA